AUGGCCGGUAUUCGGCCAGGCGGUCGAAAGGACCGCACCCUAUUGUUGAAGUUUUCAGAAUAUACUUCAACGAAAGACGUCUUCGAAUUAUUGAGUAAGGCUGGCGUUGACCCCAAAAUCCACCUGGAUGCAGUACAGCAGUUGCCGCGUUUUUCCUUUGACGUAAAAUUCAGGCAGGUGGUUUUUCGAAACCAGUUCGAACAGGUUUUACAAGGGUUUGAUGAAUGCACCGUGGAAUCCUACUCAGAAGUCACUGUUGUCACAGCUUUGUACAUUGACCUGGAUUUGGAUAACAAUUAUGUAAAACAGAUGCUGUCUCAAUAUGGUGAGGUUGUCGGGUCAAGGCUGUGUACUUUUGCAAACUUUCCUGGUAUACUGAAUGGAAAUCGUGCGUACCAAAUAAAAUUGAAAAAGCACAUUCCAUCAGUGGUUCGGAUUGCCAACAGAAACGUGUGGUUCACGUACUGGGGUCAGCCUAAGACUUGUUCUAAAUGUGGCAGCAUGGGUCACCUAGGAAAGGAAUGCAAAAACAUGAGGUGCUAUCGUUGCCAGCAG